AUGGCUUCUUUCCUGACCACCAUGUACGAAUUUCUCAAUUCCUCUCCCUCUCCACAGCCUCUCUCCCCUCAUUUGACCUUGAAACAAUCCUCUUCAUGCGUUACCAUCAACUCCUACAUCUCAUGUGAGAGGCAUGGCGAGAAGGAGGCUCCCCAAACUGCCACCAACUCGCCCAGCACCCCUUCCCGGGCCGUCCAACUCCUGCGUCAGGGCCUGUUUUCUUCUCCUUCCCAGAACAAUAUUGACCGAUGUCCUUCACCAUCUAGCAAUGCCCGCACUCGAGGCCAGUUCAAACCGCAACGCGCCAACAAGGGGACCUCAAGCUAUCAACUGAGACAAUUCGCCGAGGCGACACUGGGAAGUGGCAGCUUGAGGAAAGCCGUCAAGUUGCCCGAGGGAGAAGAUCUAAAUGAGUGGUUGGCAGUCAACGUGGUCGAUUUCUACAAUCAGAUCAACCUGCUUUAUGGAUCAAUCACUGAAUUCUGCUCACCACAGUCCUGCCCCGAGAUGAAGGCUACUGAUGAAUUUGAGUAUCUCUGGCAAGAUGCCGCAACUGGUUUCCCGAAACCCACCAAGAUGCCCGCCCCAGAAUACAUUGAACAUCUCAUGACCUGGGUGCAGUCCAACAUUGACAACGAGAGUACCUUUCCCUCCCGAAUCGGCGUUCCUUUCCCCAAGCAUUUCCCCUCUACUGUACGACAACUCUUCAAACGACUCUACCGCGUGUAUGCACACAUCUACUGCCACCAUUACCAAGUGAUCGUGCACCUUGGACUGGAGCCGCACUUGAAUACGAGUUUCAAACAUUUCGUACUCUUUGUGGACGAGCACGGUCUUGAGAAGGGUGGCGGUAAGGAUUACUGGGGUCCACUUGGGGAUCUGGUAGAGAGCAUGUUGAAGAGCGACUGA